AUGUGGAAGUUGCAAGGCGACAGGCCUGGCCUUCCGGCAACCGACAGGGAAGUGACCAAGAAGCCCAAGUUCAUGUACGUGGAGGGGAUCCGGCUGUCGCCCGCGCUGACGCAGGACAGCAUUGUCUUUUCGCUCAACUUCGAUACGCUGAGCACGGACAUCAUGAUCGACUCGCAUCCUGGCUGCGGUAAAUCAGGCGUGUACACCGCAUAUCAGAGGCUUUUUGUUGAUCGGCCAUUGCUGGAGUUUAUUGAGAACUUACUGCACACAGAAAACUGCUCACUGAAAGUCGACUCAUACCGGGCUCCGCGCAUCAUCAAGACGCACGUGCCGUUCAAUGGCAUCGCCAACAACCAGGCGGCAAAAGGAUUAUCGAUCCCAUAUAACGGGAUAUUCGAGGACGUCUUCGAGUGCUUCAUCCGCGGCGAGACGGAGUACAACGACUACUUCGAUCCCCUGCUGCCCUGGUGGAGCUACAAGAACCAGCCAACCAUACUGUUCCUUGCCUACGAGACUAUGAAGAAGGAGCCCAAGGAGCACAUGCAGAUCAUCGCUAAGUUCUUGGGCGGUGUCGCCAACGAUUUUAUCAAAGAUUAG